AAAAAGAAAAAUAAAAAGAAAAUUUUUAAAUACAACUCGUCGAGAAACGAGACCGAUCGAUUGAGGUACAGAGCGAUCAUAAAGCCGCUACGCCAGAAGAUGAGUCGUCGAACGACUUUGAUGGUUGCGUUAAUAAUAUGGGUAGUCUCAUCGAUACUAUCGCUACCAAAUUUGAUUUUUUUCAAUAUAUACACCGUCACUUUUCCCAACGGUGACGUCAGAUUGGUUUGCUACGGUGAUUGGCCCAAUAAGGAUGAUAAUCAAUUCAGCCUCACAGAAUACAUAUAUAAUGUUUUGUUUAUGGUGCUGACAUAUUUUUUGCCAAUCGGAUCGAUGACUUAUACGUACGCAAGAAUUGGACUUGAAUUAUGGGGCUCACAGAGUAUUGGUCGUGAAAAUGAUGAUCUCUGUUGGCUACCAUUUCACGUUUACUUCAUUGUUGUAUCUUCAGUACCAGAGUUAACCAACGAACCAUACAUCCAAGAAGUUUACUUAGCCAUUUACUGGUUAGCAAUGUCCAACAGCAUGUACAAUCCUAUGAUUUACUGUUGGAUGAAUUCGAAGUUUCGGCGAGGAUUUUCGGUAGUGUUCCGGUGGUGUCCAGGCGUUCACGUGGAACCCGAACAUGCGUUGAGCAGAUCGGAAGUAAUAACACGUUACAGUUGUACAGGAAGUCCAAUCGGUAAUACGAGGAUUUCAAGAAAUGGUAUGUCCUGUAGCACGUCUUCUGUACACAGUCUGAGUCUCAGUUGUGUCUCAAACGCAUCUCACUUAAAUAAAAAUCCAUUAUUAGUACCCUUUGAUAAUCACAAUCUCUCCAAUAUAAAAAAUGAUGAUUAUGAUGAUGAUAAUAUUGAGGAUGAUUGUACUGUGAGAAUUCCGAUGCACUUGCAAUCAGGAUCAAUGAGAUGUCGGAACAAUAACAACAAUGGAAACAGCAGCAAUGGCAGCCAGCACCUCAACCAGUCAACACGGCAACUAAAUCCUUACUCUCAAGUCCAUGUUUCC